AUGCACUUGACAACUAUCGAUGGCGAUGAAGAUCUUCGCAUUCACAAUAUUUCGAUACUUCCAUCGGAUCAGUGCGCUACCGAAGAUCAAAGGGCAGCGAAAUGUUGCUGUGGUGACGGGUUUUUCUUCGAUUUUCCUACAAAAAAGUGUAUGGUCUCGCUUAACGUUGGUUUUAUGUUUGGUCGAUUAAAUAAUGGCUGGUCUCAUAUGAUUGUCUAUGGAUUUGCAUAUCCGAUGCUUUUGCUCACGAUGAUUGCCCCAUUGUGUGCAGUGAUGUUAGGAAUGGGAAAACGUGAAAAACGCGAGGGUGAUCGGCGAUUUCCAAACCCUCUAUAUCAAAUGAUCUGGUUACUUUCAUUUUGUGGUUGGGUAAGUGUGUUGGCUCCACUUCCGUUCACUGUAUGGUACUACAUCGUUGGCGAGGGAACGAGGUCACUCAACCAAUCAGUUGUUAUGUGUCAUGUGUUUCGUACCACCAUGGAAGCAAUUCCACAUACUUGUUCUCCUAGCCGCAGCCAGGUCUGCUCCAACCCAUUUACACAUAACACGAGUACGAUACCACAAUUGCCUAGGUUUCUUACUCAAUACCAUCGAAAUACGUUGAAGCUCAGAACUGUGGAAAGAUUCUCUAGAGCCAUAUGGCUAAUAAUAUUUGUAUGCAUCGCUAUUGGGCUGUUGAGAUUUUUCGAACAUGACACGACAGUUUACCAGUUUUGUAUG